GCAAGAUGAAAGUGUUAGCAGUAUUUGCUUUGUGCGUAGCUGCAGUAGCUGCAGGUCCUGAGGAGGACGUCUGGUUGCAGUUCAACAGACGUAUGCCCGGUGCAUAUUAUAACCUGAAGGAACCAAUUGCGAGAUCCCCAAUAACAGGACGAGUUGUCGGCGGCUUGGAUGCUGAUAUUGAAAAUUUCCCAUACCAACUGUCCUUGCGUCGCAGUGGAUCUCACAGCUGUGGUGCUUCAAUAAUCUCCGAUAGAUGGGCUCUAUCGGCCGCUCACUGCACGUAUCCAUUGCCAAGUGUUGCCAUUAUUACACUUCGUGGAGGUUCUUCCAACCGUCUGGAAGGAGGCACAAUAUUCAAUGUCGAGUUGAUUGUAAACCAUCCCCAAUAUGACGACUGGAACUUGGAAAAUGAUGUAUGCGUUCUCCGCACUGAGGAAUCACUUCAAGGACUGCACAUCACUCCCAUUCAGCUGGUACCAGCAAGCACUUAUUACCCAGGAGGGACACGUGCUGUUGUGUCUGGUUGGGGUCUAACGAGCGUACCUGGAUCUCUGCCAGUCACGUUACAAAUGGUUGACAUUCCAGUGGUCGAUCAGGAAACAUGCAGUGCUGGGUGGCCAGCCGGCUGGGUCACUGAUGACAUGAUUUGUGCCAGCGAGCCAGGACGCGAUGCCUGCAAUGGAGAUAGCGGUGGCCCACUGGUUACUGGAGGUCGUCAGAUCGGUAUUGUGUCGUGGGGAGCCACAAACUGCCUCGGUAAUGAACCUGGUGUCUACGCACGUGUGGCUUUUCCUUUGAUCCGUAACUGGAUCGCGGAAACAACUGGAGUUUAACGUUUUUACAAGGCUAGGAAAACUUUAAUAAAAACAUGAUAUUUUGUAAAUAUUAUUAUUUAUUAAGUUCA